AUGCCGCUUAAGCUCAUUGCAGCGACGGUACUGCUCUUCUUCACGACGAAAUGCCAAGCACAGAUUCAACUCCUUAACGUAUCUGCAGCUGAUAGGAAUACCUCAUCCACUUGUAUCGACGUUCUCAACCAACAAGUGACCUGCGAUAGAGCCCUCGUAUCUGCUGCAUUCGCGGUCCAAAGUGGUCCUGUAUAUGGCACUCCGUUGUUCUUGAAUUCUUCACAGUUGACGGAUCUGUGCACAACAACUUGUCAGUCGUCAUUAAAAAUUUGGGAAGGGAGGAUUGCUGGUGCAUGCGGUUCGACUCUAUAUAAGCAGCCUGAUGGCGGUAUGGCUAUACUAGCAGCCAUAGCUGAGAACUAUGUGGAAAUUUUUGACUCGAUCUGCUUGAAGAACGCAGAAGGGGCAUACUGCAACUCGGUGAUAGGGAACAUGCUAGAAAUAAAUCCAGUAAACCAGCAAAUUAACGGAUCUCAACAAACUAACGGAACUCCUGGCAAGUCAUAG